AGAAGAGAACUGAUGACGACAAUAAAUGGUACUGCAGCACAAGCAGCGCUCCCUCGUGUCGUCAGAUUUGUGCCUUCCCAUGUUUUUCGAGUUCUUCGCCAAUCACUUACCCCCAACUACCAUGACACCCUAAUCGGCCAACCAAAACGAGAAAAGAAGAAGAAAAAUCCUUCAAAAGUUCCUGGAGUCGUUUCCAUUCCCUUUGAUCUUUUUUUUUUUUUUUGUUUUUUCUUCUUGUAAGUACAACUCAUAAAGUUCAUGGCUUUCCCCUUACCGGUUUUUGCCUCCAUCUUCAUCUGGGUUUUCGUAAGCAUCCCACUUUCGCAGUGCAUGCCCUUCAUAGUACUUCAUGGCAUUGGAGAUCAGUGCUCUAAUCGAGGAGUUAAACAGUUCACUGAGCUAUUGGGCAACUUUUCUGGCACUGAAGGAUAUUGCAUUGAAGUUGGAGAUGGAACAUGGGAUUCUUGGUUUAUGCCUCUUGAGGAACAGGCCGGAAUUGUUUGCAAGAAGGUGAAGGAAAUGAAAGAACUGAGAAAGGGUUACAACAUAGUUGGUCUCUCCCAGGGUAAUUUAAUAGGUCGAGGCGUUUUACAAUUUUGCGAUGGAGGACCUCCUGUUAAGAAUUUUAUCUCUUUAGGAGGGCCUCAUGCUGGUACUGCUUCUGUUCCUCUGUGUGGUUCUGGCGUUUUAUGCAUUAUUGCGGACAAACUGAUCAAGUCAGAGAUCUAUUCCGAGUAUAUCCAAGGUCACUUAGCCCCCAGCGGUUAUCUUAAAUUACCAAAUGCUAUCUCCAACUAUUUAGAGAAAUGCAGAUUUCUUCCAAAGCUGAACAAUGAAAUCCCUACUGAGAAAAACUCCACUUACAAGGAACGGUUCACUAGCUUACAGAACUUGGUGCUUAUUAUGUUUGAGCAUGACACUGUUUUGAUACCUAAGGAAACCUCCUGGUUUGGAUAUUACCCAGAUGGGGCCUUCAAUCCAGUUUUACCUCCGCAGCAGACAAAGCUUUACAUUGAGGAUUGGAUUGGUUUGAAAACCUUAGAUGAAGCUGGAAGGGUCAAGUAUCUUAGUGUUCCAGGAAAUCAUCUUGGGAUCUCCAGAAGUGAUAUGAAAAAGUAUGUUGUGCCAUACUUGGAGGAAAAGGCGUCUAGAAAGAACAGCAUUGAAAAGGAUUGUGGCAUUAGUUUGCAUGGAGUUGAUGUUGGAGUUGUCCAAAGCAACGAGAGAGAGCAAAUUGUAUCUCAAUUUGGGGAGAAAG